AUGGAUCGUGGAAUAGAUUCGAAGAGCGUAACCCCUGGUGGUGGCAGUGACGACCAAUUGUCGCCACCGAUGGCUUCGUCUCGUGGUGCAGCAUCUCCGACGAUUCACCGGCAUUCGCGUUCAGGAUCGAUUGUGAAGAGGUCACAGAACACCAAGGAGGCGGCACAGAGGCUUGCUCAAAUGAUGUCUCAUCAGCAAACGGACGAUAGCGAAGAUGACGAGGAUCUCUUAUCUGAUUUUAGUCCACCCGCCACCACCUCCUCCUCCUCCGCACCUGCCACCGGAAGGUCUCAAAUCCGGCAUCGUUCGCCUAUGACAGUUCACACAACUUCAGCUCCACGUAUCGGCCGAUCAUCUCAACCAGUAAUAAACAACGAACAAUUUCAAUCUCAAUCAGCCCGUUCUUCAUCUGACCAGACUUCCAAUAGCCUUCGCUCAGCUCCAUCAAUCACUACUGUCGAACAUGUUCAACCUAAUUCUGCUCGAGCUAAUCGAUCGCCACAACGUUGCCUUCCCAUGGAACAACCAUCGUCUGCUCGGGCUAUCUCAGCCGGUCGUCCAAGUUUAGUAAUGAAGCCAGUCGCCAUGGUGCCUCCCAGUGUUAAUUUGUCACUAAGGCCAACCUCCGGUCGAGACACGCAGCCUGAUGCUCAAAAGAAUAAAAGGUUUUCUUUGGAUCUGGGUGUUUUCGCAAGGGAAUCUAGUAACCAACGUUCAGCUACUGCUACUGCUUCCGCUCCGACUUCUGCUACUGCUUCUACUUCUGCUCUGGAAGAUGAUAUUGACAUGCUACAGGAAGAAAAUGAGAGUUUGAUUGAAAAGCUUCGAAUUGCUGAGGAAAGAUAUGAAGAAGCAGAAAUGAGGGCUAGACAGCUUGAGAAACAGGUGGCUCAUCUUGGAGAAGGUGUUUCUUUAGAAGCCAAACUUUUAAGCAGGAAGGAGGCAUCUCUACAACAAAGGGAGGCUGCUUUCAAAGCUGCAAUAGAAGAAAAUGGAGGAGUAAAUAUUGGUAUUAGAGGGGGAGCUAUGGAAGCUCUUCGUGUGGAAGCUGAGACUGCUAGGGAUGAAGCAACAUCUAUCAUGGAACAACUUCAUGAGACUGAAAGUGAAGUUAAAUCACUUAAAACAAUGUUUCAAAGAAUGCUACUCACACAAGAAGAAGUGGAAGAGUUGGUUUUAAAGAGAUGUUGGCUUUCUUGGUAUUGGAGUUUAUGUGUUCAACAUGGUAUUCAUGCAGAAAUUGCUGGAACAAGAUACGAAUACUGGUCAUCAUUUGCUCCUCUUCCUGUUGAAGUUGUAGUGGCUGCUGGACAGAUGGCAAAAGAUGAAAAGCUGAUGGAAAAGAGUGAUGAAGAGGAAAGAGAGAAAGUUCUAAAGGAUGCAAGGGAAAUUUCAGGAGAGGGAAGUGUGGAAAGUAUGCUUUUAGUUGAAAGAGGUCUAAGGGAAUUGAGCCUUUUAAAGAUAGAGGACGCAGUAGCACUUGCAAUGGCUCACCAACGGAGGCCGACUAUGCUAAAAUCUGGUUUGACAGAGUUGAGUAAAGAGGAGGCAGAUGAUGUGCGGUUUAAGCAGGGUUGGCUGAUAUAUUUUUGGAGAAGAGUAAAAAUUCAUGGGUUGGAAGUAGAUAUUGUAGAUGAGCGAUUGCAGUUUUGGAUCAAUCAAAGUCAUCAUCCACCCACUUCACAUGAUGCUGUUGAAGUUGAGCGUGGACUUAUUGAGCUUCGCAAAUUGGGAAUCGAAGCUCAAUUGUGGCAAGCAUCUCGAAAGUUGGUUGACCCUGACUCUCAACAUAAAUGGCAAUUGCACAUUAAUUUCUGA